AUGGAAAACAAACCGUCGUUACCACAGUUCGAUGUUUCGGAUACGUCAUCGAUCGGUACUCGCUGGACAAAGUGGAAGCGGUCAUUGGAGCUAUUCCUGGAUGUAAACUGCAUCGCUCUUGCAUCUCGGAAAAAGUCCUAUUUGUUGCAUUUCGCGGGAUCUGAUGUCCAGGACAUUUUCUACGAGAUUGAAGGCCACAACGCAGCACCUCCUGCCGGUUCUGAUGUGUACAAAGAAACCAUCCGACUGUUGGAUGCCUACUUCGCACCUAUGGCGAGUAUUCCGUAUGACAGGUACGUGUUCAGAAGCAUGAAGCAAGAAGACGAGUCGGUGGAAAAAUUUGUCGGACGAUUACGAGAGCAGGGACGACUUUGUGAUUACGGAGGAGCUCUCGACAUGAGAAUCACGGAGCAAGUGUUCGAUAAUUGCCGGUCUGACGAACUACGUGAAAUAAUCUUGAAGAAGAAGCUGUUGACGGUACCUGCAAUUGUGGAAGAAGCUCGUAUCCUGGAAACCGUGAAGCGUAAUAAGGAAGAAAUGAAGAAGCUGUCCACCCCCUUGGAUGAACCGCAAGCAUAUCAGGUGAAGCGUGAAAGAAAAAAAGAGGUGUGUUUCCGGUGUGGCAAUUCCGGACAUUUUGCCAAUGAUAGGGGAUGUCCGGCCAAGAACAGGAUUUGCGACAAGUGUAACCUUAUUGGACAUUUCCGAAAAAUGUGUAAAACAAAACUCGAUGGCAAACAGAUUGCUGCAAAGAAGAAGAAGAACCGAGUGCUGCAAGUUCGUGAAUCCGACGACGAUGAUGACCUUACGAACGGCAGCGCCGACGAGCCGGUGGAAAGCGACAGCGAUAGCGACGUGCAGCAGAUAUGUGCCACAGGCACGGAACACGACAAGGUGACUUGUUACAUUGGUGGCGUUAAGCAGAACUGGAUAGUUGAUUCUGGGGCCCAUGUGAAUGUCGUCAGUCGUGGAACAUGGCGUAUCCUAAAGCACCAAGGGUGUAAAAUCAGUUGCAGUUCAGAAAGCCGGAAGUUUCUUCGUGUCUACGGUAACGGCAAACUCAAAAUACACAAGGUCAUCAGAGCAGACAUCAGUACGCGUUCAAAAACUGUUCACCAUGACGUUUAUGUUGUCGACAACGAGAAAGGGGCAAACCUUCUCUGCAAGCAAACUUCGAUGGACCUGGGCAUCCUGAAAAUUGAAGGAGAGGUUUUCAACGUUGCGAAGAAGGAAGAACCUCCCAUCGGUAAAGUGAAGGGUUUGCAAGUAGACGUGAAAAUUGACGAAAAAGUGGUUCCAGUUCAACAACCAGCUCGACGCCUGCCAAUACCAUUGGAGGAGCUUGUGGAGAGCAAAUUGCAGGACCUACUCAAGCAGGAUAUCAUCGAGCCAGCACCGUUGAGAAUCACCUGGGCUUCCCCUCUGGUGGUGACUCCGAAAGAUGGCGGCAGGAGUGUCCGUUUAUGCGUGGACAUGAGGCGAGCGAACGAGGCCAUUAUUCCGGAACGUCACCCAUUGCCCACUUUCGAUGAGAUAAUGCCGCACUUGGAUGGUUGCAAGUACUUUAGCAAAAUAGAUCUGGUAAAGGCUUUCCACCAGAUCGAACUCGCGCCGUCCUCCAGGGAAAUUACUACGUUCGUCACGCCAAAUGCUUAUUACCGCUACAAACGACUCAUGUUCGGCAUGAACUGUGCGGCGGAAAUCUUUCAACGGGAAAUCGAGCGGAUUUUGAAAGGAUUGAAAGGCAUCAAGGUGUUUGUCGAUGACAUCUUGGUGUUUGCGAAAACACAAGAGGAGCAUGAUCGGAGGGUGCAGGCAGUACUGCGUCGACUCAAGGAAUAUGAAAUUACGGUCAACAUGGACAAAAGUGAGAUAGGGAAGAAGGCAGUUGAUUUCAUGGGCCACACGCUGUCUGCCAAGGGAAUUUCACCGAUGAACAAUAAAGUCAGUGCGAUCCAGACGUUCCGCAGACCAUCAAAUGUAGCCGAAAUGCGUAGCUUUCUUGGGUUGGUGAACUAUGUCGGUAAGUUCAUUCCCAAUCUUUCAAGCCUAUCUGCACCGUUGCGACAGAUGACAGUAAAAGGUGCACCGUUCUGCUGGACCAGAGAGGAAAAACGCUCGUUUGAGGCAAUCAAAUCUGCUUUAGUCGAACCUGAACAUCUGGGCUACUUCAGUCCAAAGAACCCGACUACUUUGAUCACCAAUGCAAGCGACAACGGACUUGGGGCUGUAUUGCUUCAGCACCAGCAAGGCAAAACGAAGGUCAUCAGCUAUGCCAGCAAAAGUUUGACAAAAGCAGAAAAGAAGUAUUCAACGCUGGACAAGGAGGCUCUAGCGAUCGCCUGGGCUACCGAAAGAUUUAGGAUGUACCUGACAGGACUGCAUUUCACCAUAAUGACUGACCACAAGCCACUGGUUAGCAUCUUUAGCCUAACAUCCAUACCGAACCAACGACAAGAACGAUGGGUUCUAAAGAUGCAAGCGUAUCGUUACAAGAUAGAGUACGUUCCCGGCAGGAUAAAUAUAGCCGAUCCUCUAUCACGGCUUUCCGAAGUCCUCGAUAAGAAAUCCUUUGACAGGAGCUCUGAAGCGGAUCUUUGCGCAGUUGUAGAAGUUAACAAGCCAGCUGCCAUUACGAUGAGUGAAAUAAUCCAACGUUCGCAAGAAGAUGAAGAGCUGCAAGGUGUUAAAACUGCAUUACACAACGGAGAAUGGGAAGGAGUGCUCAAGAAGUACGCACCGUUCAAAAGUGAGUUGUGCUUCGCCAACGAAAUCCUUCUGCGAAAGAACAGAAUCGUUGUCCCACAAGAUCUUCGCGAAGUUAUCCUAACCCUGGCCCACAUCGGUCACCCCGGGCGUGAAAAAAUGAAAAGAAGAUUGAGGGUGGCAGUCUGGUGGCCAGGUAUCGACGCCGCUGUGGAGAAAGUCUGCAAGGAAUGUUUCAGCUGUCAACUCGUAGCUCCAUUCGAAAAACCAGAGCCGUUACGUAUCAGGGAUCUACCGAGUGCACCGUGGAUCCAUCUUGCGGGUGACUUUCUCGGUCCGCUGCCAGAUGGUACGUAUCUCUUCAUGCUGAUCGAUUUGUACAGUCGAUAUGUACUUGCGGAGCCGAUGAAGUAUACGACAUCGAAGGAAGUCAUCAGGUUUCUGAACGAAUCGUUCACUCGAAUGGGUUUGCCGUAUAUCUUGACUUUUGACAAUGCGAGAAAUUUCUCUAGUCAAGAACUGAAGGACUACUGUGUGGAUAGAGGGAUAAAGCUAACUCACACUACACCGUACUACCCGAGCGCAAACGGAGAAAUCGAGCGCCAAAACCGCUCCGUUCUGAAAGUAUUGAAGAUCAGCAAACAACAAGGAACUAUCUGGAAGGAAGCCUUACAGGAUUACCUGUAUAUGUACUCCGUAACUCCACACUCGGUAACGGGUGUUUCCCCGGCACAACUGAUGUUCGGACGUCGAUUCCGAGAUCUGAUCCCACAUAUGCAAAUGGAGUUGUGUGACGACGAAGAAUUGCGCGAUCGUGACAGAAUUGUGAAACACAAUGCCAAGGAAUGCCGAGAUAGGAGGGUUGGAGCAAAGGAAUCGCAAAUCGAAGUUGGAGAUGAAGUUUUGCUCAAGAACAUGACUCCGCAGAACAAGCUAUCGUCGAACUUCCUAUCAACGGCAGCUAAAGUGAUUCACCGAAACGGAAACAGUCUUACACUGGAAACAGAAAACGGACAAGUCUAUAAACGGAAUACAUCUCACGUCAAACCACUUGUGAGACCAGCGGAAGGAAAGCAACAACGGUUGGCGGAAAAGAGUGAUGACAAUGAGGUUGUAGAACCUGUCGAAGAUCCGGUUUCAUCCCAGGUAUCGGACACCCUGCAGCGACCUCGAAGAGAAGUGAGACGCCCAAAACAUCUGGAUGAUUUCCGUCUGUAG